AUGGAAUUAACAGAUGCUUUGCAAGCUAACAAAUUUAAGGAUAGCGACUGUCCAUCGAUUGACCAGUCACAACCAAACCUUUACGACGCUGUAAAGAACGGUGAUUUAGAGAAAAUCAAGAGCGAACUUAGUUUAUCUCGAGCAAAUAAAGACCUUGAUCUUCUAGACAGCUCUGGUAAAACAAUUAUACAAAUAGCAGCUGAUUUGAAUGAUGCGUCCGAUCGAGACGAUGCAAUAACUUUACUAUUGAGUGGCGGAGCUAGCCUACAGCUCGCUUUGCUGAAUACAGUACAUCAAGGUGACGUGCGGGUAGUAGAGGUACUACUUCAGUUUUGUGAUCAACAGCCUCAGACACCGUCACCUAAAAUGCUCUCUGUCAGAGGUCAUACUUCUUUUACAACACCACUCAGCCUGGCGGCCCGUUUGCAGAAUUUUCAAAUUGUCAAGCUUUUUCUUGAACACGGAUUCACCAUUGAGGAUCCCAAGACUAUGCGAAUGUCGACAGAAUUUACUGAUGUCUCAAGCGAGAAGCUCCAUAGUACAGUACACCGUUUAAAUGAAUACCGCGCACUGGCCAGCCCUGUGUUUAUCGCGGCUUCUUUUCUACAAAACGUGCGGAGUGGUCCUGACCCAGUUCUUCGAGCUUGUGCCCUGAGCAGGGAAUUCCGUGACAUAUCCGAGCAAGAAUACGAAUUUAGGAAGGAGUAUCUUAGGCUUUGUAAUGACUAUGAAGAGUUUACUGUGUCGCUCCUGAAGGGAAUGCUGCACAAAGGAAGAGAUCAGAUGCGUUAUGGAAGCGAAGAGCGAAGGAAAAACGUUUUCUUCGCUGGAGACAGAUUCUCUUAA